ACAAAGUAAAUUAUGAGGUUAACUUUGUAUUAGCGAUUUUAUUGAAGUUGAUAACUAAUUUAAUUGGAAAAAAUAGGUUUUAAAUUUAUUAGAAAUAUUGUCAAAUAGGUAAAAAUACAGUACUCAUUGGUACUUUGAGAGAAUUCAUGCCACUUCACAUAUACAUAGGAAUCGUCCAUUGGGAAAGUUAUGAUUAAGGAAAACAUAGUGUAACAGCCAUAAACAGUUCUAGGACAAAGAUGGAUGCAGAAGCCCUUGAGAAACUAGCUAUAGCCAAUCAUGAUGAGUUUGACAGACGUUGGAACGAGCCUAAUAAAAGCAUUAAGAAAAUAGUUGAAGACUUUUACACUGUAGAUGCUAUUAUAUACCCACCAGGCAGUCCACCAAUCACUGGAUUCAAAAAUCUCAUAACAUUUUUUGAAGCGGUUCAUGCUGAUCUUAAGUUCCGCAACAGUCUCAAGGUAGUGAAGAGCACAGGAGAAGACUCAUACUUUUCAAUAUUCAGCAUUCAAGUUACGAUUGAUGACAAAGAAGUUGACAGAUUCUCGACUUGCCACAUAUGGACCAAUGACAAUGGAGCCUGGAAAUUAUCCCAUGACUUCUUUAACAGUGAUUAUGAAAAAGUGAAUUAUUAGAACUGUACAAUCAUAUAUUUAACAGUUGAACAUCAUUAGAGGCUACUACAGCAAACAACAGGAAAAUAUAUUUUUCUACAACUUACCCUAGUGAUUUUCAUGAACCUGAGAAGGUCUGUGUGAAUAUGAAUGUUAAAAUGAUUCAGUUAAAUUACAAACAGAUUACAGAUUUCAGAUAAACUGGGCAACUGAUUAUACUGAUUAUAAAUGUACCUCUAACAUGCAAAUUUAUAUUUUGGUUUUGUCUGAGAGUGGCCCAGCUCCUGUGUAAUGAUCUACAUUGCAUAUUUCAAACAACUUAUCUUAUUUUAUGAAAUCUGAUAGCAAAUACGUUUCACAACCAAAAUUAUUUAUAUGAAAUAUCAUGGGCUUUCAAUAGAAAUAUCUGAAUUUUUAAAUAAAAUUUCAAUAAAGUAAA